CUUUCCUAAAGUUUGCGCACCGUUUCCAGCUCGUUUCAAAACACAUCGCUGUUUCAGCCCGAUACCGUCAAGCUGUGACUUCAAUUCCCACAAUGCACCGCGUGCACAGGAAGAGCGUCUCCAAGUGUGUCGACUCCUCCGGUGCGUCUCACUUUUGGGGGAGUGACCCGAAUUUCGCCUGACUCCCGCCGCGACAGAGACCCAGACCUUGCAAGCCUCUGCUCCUGUCCGUGACACGGAAGCACCCUGUAGUUCCAUGUCCGGCGAACGUUUGGGCCUGGAAUUGAUGAAGGUGUUGCGCGAGCUAGCAUCGGCUAGCACUGAGUGACAGCGCACAGCUGCUCGGUGCGUAGCUCUCUGCUCGAUGUUCCGAUUAUCGUGGCCCAUUAGCUCGGUGUAAACCCGCCGCUCCUCUUCAGCGCCAUGUCGACUGAGCUCAUGGUUCCAGUUGGAGGGUCUGACUGCCGCGCUCUGUGACCCUCCAGCCCCAUAGGUCCAUGGAGUGGACGGCCGUUCAUCAUGCCAGAGCACCGACGCACGAGCUCGGCUUGUGCGCGUUCCCAGGCCACACGAGCCUCGCGGAGUUGGACCCGGGUCCGGCCCCGGGUCCAGCCCCGGCUGCCCAGCACCCACAGCCAGCAUCACUGUCCGGCAGCAGUUGGGAGGCUCGCUGCCUCAGGAAGCACCGGAGGAGGAGAAGUGCAGAUGAAGGGUGUCUGGCCAAGAGGAGGAGACUGGCGGCGGAGACCCAGGCGCCCACUGGCAGCCACAGCCACAGCCACCCGGGCCUGUGCGGCGCCCGGCCCCAGGCAGGGGGGCCCCGGGCGGAGCCCUCCUGCCUGGAGAUGGAGGCGGCUCAGCGGAAGCUUCGGGAGAUCGAAAGCAGGAUCACGCUGGAGGACGACGACGAGGACCCGGAUCUGGAGGUGGAGCCGGCGCCCCGGCGGCCGGUGCUGGUCCUCUCCGACAGUCUGAAGGAAGGUCUGCAGCGUGGCAUGGGCGACAUCCUGCCACACACCGUGGCCCAGUCCGUGUACGUGCUCCCUCUUCCCGUCCCUCUCUCUCCCUCUCACAGAGUCGGUCAGAACCCCGCUGGCUUCACGCCUCGCCGGACUGGCGUCCCCCAACUAAAGACGCGACUGUCUCUUCCCUGUGGUGCGCAGGAGUCACUCCUGUAUGGAGCUGGUGUUGUGGCGGCCGCCCGAGGACCCCUUCUGUCGCAGGCUCAAGGGCUCCCUGCACAAACAGCGGAAACAGCAGACGGCUGUUCGGCAGAGCCCCGCCCCGCCUCGACCCCCCACCCCGGCGGAGCACGUGGCGCCCCACUCUGGAGAGGAGGACAUGGAGAUGGAGCUGUGAGCAGCAGAUCAAGCCCUCAUCUGCUGCUCAGAUAGUGGGGUGCGGGUCGUGGCGAACCAGUGUAUGUUGGUACUGCUCACAGUGUGUGCUGGUGCUGUGCUACUGCGUCCAAAAGGUUCCUUUUGAAUGUAUCUCCACCAACAGUGUUGCUUGGCCAAUGAACUUGUAUGUUGUUUUGAUAUUGCCCUCAAUAAAGGACUUGUCAAUGAUUUGGACGGCGGGGGCCUUUCUCCACUGCUGCACCUGACCAGCCUGAAGGACCUUCUCAGCCAGUGGAGUCCCAUGGUGUCGUAACACUUAAGUGCAGAUGAGUCAUUUCCGAGCGCAGCUAUCUUCAUGACGGAUCACGGGACGGAGCAGAGCCAUGACUGCAGGUCGUAAAAGGCUGGAGAACAGAGGAAGUUGAGGGCGAGAGCCUCGUGUCACGGUGACCUGCUGCGUGACCUGCCGCCUCCAGCGUCAAUCAUUCAUCUUCACAGUAGGAGGAAGGUACAGGUUUAACAAGGCUGACGGCAGAGAUCAGGGACAUGCAAUAAAGCAGUUGGACAAAACCUGCGGUUC